CCCCCAUUUAAGAAGCGGCAGUAGUUUCUACUCAGGUGGCCAGGGGCAGUGCUGAGCUUGGGCUGUUGUGUGUGUAGCCUGAAGUGCUGAAAGCUGUAGUUAAAAGUUCGUUUCUAGUCACGGUUCCAGGAACUCUCCCUUCUUUCAGGGUCAGGAGUUGCCGGUUCCUUCUAGUUCCUGCAAGUUCUUCCUCUGCCCCUGGUUUGUUCCCUGCGCCACCUCCGGACACCCCCCAAAUCCCUGACACUCCCAGACUCAAACUAUGAGCUUUCGGCGGCUGCUGUUGCGCUUACCCCGUUAUCUCGGGGUCUCGGGUUCCCCGCGACGCUUGUGGUGGUCCCCGUUCCUCGAUACCAUCUCUUCGGUGGGCUCCUGGCGUGGUCAGUCCUCCAGGUCCCCGGCCCACUGGAACCAAGUAGUGUCAGAGGCGGAGAAGAUCGUGGGCUAUCCCACGUCCUUCAUGAGCCUCCGCUGCCUGCUCAGCGACGAACUCAGCAACAUCGCUAUGCAGGUGCGGAAGUUGGUGGGGACUCAACACCCUCUGCUUACCACGGCCAGGGGGCUUGUACAUGAGAGCCGGCAUAACCUCCAGUUGAGGGGCUUGGUGGUGUUACUUAUUUCUAAGGCAGCUGGGCCCAGCAGCAUGAAUGCAUCAUGUCAGAACUAUGAUAUGGUCAGUGGGAUCUAUUCAUGUCAAAGAAGUUUGGCAGAGAUCACAGAACUUAUCCACACUGCUCUCCUCGUACAUCGUGGGAUAGUAAAUUUAAGUGAAUUGCAAUCCUCUGAUGGACCACUGAAAGACAUGCAAUUUGGAAAUAAAAUAGCUAUCCUGAGUGGAGACUUUCUUCUAGCAAAUGCCUGCAACGGACUAGCUCUGCUACAGAACACCAAGGUUGUGGAACUUUUAGCAAGUGCUCUUAUGGACUUGGUGCAGGGAGUAUACCAUGAAAAUUCUACUUCAGCAAAGGAAAAUCAUAUCACAGAAGAUAUUGGAAUAUCAACUUGGAAGGAACAGACUUUUCUCUCCCAUGGUGCCUUAUUAGCAAAGAGCUGCCAGGCUGCAAUGGAAUUAGCAAAGCAUGAUGCUGACGUUCAGGAUACGGCAUUUCAGUAUGGGAAGCACAUGGCCAUGAGUCAUAAGAUAAAUUCUGACCUCCAGCCUUUUAUUAAGGAAAAGACCAGUGACUCCAUAACUUUUAAUCUCAACUCAGCUCCUGUGGUCUUACAUCAGGAGUUUCUUGGAAGAGACUUGUGGAUUAAGCAGAUCAGAGAGGUGUACAGAGAGUUUAUUUUCAAUAAAACCUGUCUUCUCUAAAGGAACCAAAUCAUAUUCCUGCCAGUGCCAAGGCAAGAGACCUUUAAAAUGUCAUUUUUUUUCACAGCCACCAAUGUAAUCUUUUAUUCACACAAGGAUUAUUAAUGGGUGAUGGCUUAAACCAAUUGGAUGGAUGGUUAGAAGAGAACUGCAUAUUCACAUGGAUUCAAAGUACCCCACAGAUUACUCAUUAAAUACAAAGGGAAGCAGUGAACAAACUUAGUUUCACCAAUAAUGACACAAACUGUAUCAUUAUUGUAUGACUCCUGAUAUAAUAGAGAAGUAUGCAGCAUCAUUUAUGUAGUUGUGUUGCCAAAAAAAUUUUUUUUUAAUUUUAAUCUAAUCAUGAGGAAACAAUCAGACAAAUCCAGGAUAAGGGACAUUCUCCAGGGCAACUGACCUGGACUCUUAAAAAAUGUCACUAUUAUGAAAGAAAAGGUGUGGUAUGGGGACACUUGUAGAUUAGAAGAGACUUAAAAUCCAUGACAUCCAAAGAGAAUGCAUGAUUUUUAAUUUGAUCUUGGAACAAACUGUUCUAAACAACACCAUUGGUUGAACUGGAAACCUUUGAAUAUGGACUUCUUAACCACUUUAAGAAACAUUAAACUUGUUGGAUGUAAUAACGGUUUGUUGGUUUUGUAGGAGAACAUUGUUGUUGCCGAAGUAUUCAGGGAUGAGACAGGAUGUCUAUAACUUACUCUCAAAUAAUCAGCAAAUGAUUGUCCAAAGAGAAAGCAAAGAGGACAAAAUGUUAGCAAUUGGUUAAUGUAGUGGAGAGCAGAUGGGUGUUCAUGAUGUUUUUUACACUAAAAAGUUUGAGGAGGAAAAAAAAAAAAGUUUGAGGAGGAAGGUAGUUUUCCUUGAAGUUUUAAAAAGAGAAUUUCUUUAAAAACGACUGUUGUUCCCAAAUAUAGCUGCUAGCAUUCAGGAAGAAUAACAUGAUAAGUAGAGGUGAUCAGUCUCUAACAAUUUCUGGACUCCCUGCUGUGGAAUAUUAGUUUUCUACUUUUAGAAAAAGGUUUCUCCAUAUCCAGCUUUCAAGUCCAGAUAACAGUAGUUGAAAAUUGGAAACAGUUCAUUUAUGUCAUCCAAUCCUUCUUUGUUACCUGACUUAUAAGAAAGCCAUUUGUUUCUUAAAGUAAAAGACCACAUUGUACAUCCAUUACUUACCAACAGGGGAUCUAUCUGCCUUUGGUCUGCAGAGACUGGUAUAUAAACCUUUGGAAUUAAUCCCUCUGUGCAUCCUCUCGCUCAGAAUACUGGCUUUUUUUUUUUUUUUUUUUUUUUGUGCUUUUGUACAGAAUAUUGUUUUACAGUGCUCACUAUAGCUGUCUGAGGAGGCCUCUGGUGUCAUGAGCACUGGCACACUAUCUUGUCUGUUUUCACUUUUUUUUUUUUUUAAGAUAAAACAAGGUUCAAACCACACAUUCUCUGUGAACUGCUAAAGACUGGGAAAAAUUACUUUCUUUUCUCAUGACCUGGAUUGACAAGAAGCACACCUACAGGAGGCAAAAAGAUGAGUGAAUCCCUUUUAAAGACCGUAGUAAUGAAGCCCUCAGAGAAUUGCCGUGUAUGGUAGAAUUUACAGUGGCUUCUGGAGAUGAACAGUGUGGCAGGAAGAGGUUCAGGACUGCUGGCUGUUGAAAUACAGUCUGGAAUUUAUUUUAUAUCAGCCUAUUUUGAGCCCCAGUGAGAAAGUUAUUUUAAUAAUAUCUUGCUCUGCUACAAAUAUACAUGAUAAGUGGCAGAUGUCAGAAAAAGAGGGGAAAGUUCUAGCACUCCAUUCUCCUUGAGACUUAAGGAGUUUUUAUAGUUGUUCUUUUUUAGCCUUUGAAGUAAACACGAAUGCAUACAGGAGCAUAAAUUGAAAAGGACGUUAGACAUGGUCCAAACCAGUGAUCUUCAAAUGAGUCAGAAACUCAGGACCAGAGUACUGAGGAUGUGCAUUUUUAACAAACUAGUCAGGUGAUUCCAACAGCCAGUGCAGCGUUUGUGAGAGCCCAACAUUUGGGAACAUGUGGUCCAGUCCAGUACUUACUUUACAAAUAAGAAAAUGAAGACCCAAAAUUUUUGAAUUUCAAAAUUAUUAGACAUAUUCAUGUAUCGUGUGCUAAAAACCAUAUUUUCUGACACCCAGUACACGCCUCUUCCCAGGAGGUCACAGUGCUUUUUGGAGUGGUCACCGUUAAGAUACUAGGGCACUUGCAGGGCAUCUGGGUGGCUCAGCUGGCUAAGUGUCUGACUUCAGCUAAGGUUAUGAUCUCACAGUC